AUGCACUCGGUCGGCAUCUGCGGAUCCGAUGUCCACUUCUGGACGGAAGGCGUUGUAGGACCGUUCGUGGUCAAGGCGCCCAUGGUCCUGGGGCACGAAGGCAGCGGCACGGUGUCCGAACUGGGAGAGGGCGUCACUCACCUGAAAGUUGGUGACCGUGUAGCCAUGGAGCCAGGUGUGCCUUGCAGGUACUGUACCGCCUGUAAGGGAGGCAGGUAUAACCUGUGCAAGGAUGUGAAGUUCUGUGCAACGCCCCCUACCGACGGCUCGCUGUGCAGGUACUACGUACAUGCGGCUGACCUGUGUUUCAAGCUCCCAGACAACGUGAGUUACGAGGAAGGUGCUCUGCUGGAGCCCUUGUCCGUAGCUGUGCAUGCCUGCAGGAGGUCAGAGGUCACUAUUGGCAGUAAGGUCCUCAUCUGUGGUGCAGGUCCCAUAGGACUGGUGUGCCUCCAGGUGGCCAAGGCGAUGGGUGCAGCGCAGGUGGUCAUUACAGAUAUUGACGCCAAGCGGUUGGAGUUUGCCCGUCAUCAGAUGGGAGCUGACGUCACCGUGCUGGUGACGUCACGUGACGGGCGGGAGGUAGCUGACCAGGUGGUGCAGGUGCUUGGGUGUAACCCUGACGUCACCAUAGAGUGUAGCGGCGCUGAAACCAGCAUCCACGCAGGCAUUUAUGCCACCGAGCCCGGAGGUGUUCUGAUGAUAGUCGGGCUCGGCCGGCCCAUGGCGACCAUCCCUCUCCUAGACGCCGCUCUGAAGGAAGUAGACAUCCGGGGGAACCUCCGCUACGCUAACGACUACCCGACAGCCCUAGCGAUGAUAGCCUCGGGACAGGUGAACGUGAAGCCGCUGGUCUCCCACCGUUAUAGCCUGGAGCAGGCGCUGGAGGCCUUCGAGUUCGCCAAGAAGGGCGAAGGGAUCAAAGUCAUGAUCCACUGUGACAAGACCAAGGCCUUAUAG